AUGUCUUUGCAUUACAUCGCGAACAACCUCUCUGAGGCGCAGUUGAGCUCGACUUCUGCCUAUGCGCCAGCAUUUCUCGCCGGUGUAGCUUCACACCAACUUUUCUUCCGCUUUGGAGAAUGGGACCUGUAUGCUGCGCAGCUCAUUUUCGGAUUCAUAGCGGCUAACGUUGGAGGAGCUGUUGCUCUGACACGCUACUGCCCCGAAAUUGAGUUGGCUGCUGCAGUCAAAGUGGUUCCGUCAUUGAGCUCUAUUGCGGUCGGAGGUAUCGUUUCGAGCAUGCUUGUGUACAGGGCAUUUUUCCAUCGCUUGAACAAAUUCCCAGGUCCCUUUUUGGCUCGCCUCUCGAACUUUUACAUUACGUGGCGUUCAGUCAGCAAAUUCCAGCUCUUUAAAGACGUCCAGGAGCUGCAUAGACAGUACGGUGACAUUGUUAGGAUUGGUCCAUCUGAAAUCUCAAUUGCAAGCCCUGAGGCUCUUGAGAAAAUCCACUCGAACCAAUCUCCCUGCGUCAAAGGACCUUGGUAUAAUGUUCUUUAUCCGGUCGUAUCGCUACAAAUGGUCAAGGACCGCAAGGAACAUGCCCGGCGUAGGAGAACAUGGGACUUGGGCUUUGGCGCCAAAGCCCUCCGAAACUACGAGCCUCGCGUCUCGAUUUACACUGACCAGCUCCUGAAGAAGGUUCAGGAAUCCAAAGACACCCCCUUGGACAUGGCUCAGUGGUUCAACUUUUAUAGCUUUGAUGUCAUGGGUGACUUAGCAUUUGGCAAAUCCUUUGACAUGCUCAAAGAUGGCGUCGUUCACGAUUAUAUGAAGGUUGUUCACACCAACAUGAUGGCAAUUGGCGCAUUCACCCAUCUCAUAUGGCUUUUCCCCAUCAUCAAGGCCAUUCCGCUCCUGAACCGCAACAACGAACUGUUUCAAAAAUGGCUCUACAAUCAUGUGAAGGAGAGGCGUGAUCGAGGCUCCGCGGUAGAAGACGUUUUUUCGUGGAUUCUGAAGGAGCACGAUGCCAUUGAAAAUCCAACGAAGAAAGACAUUGUUGAUCUACAUGGUGACGCCGAACUCAUUGUAGUCGCAGGAAGUGACACCACUGCCGCAACGCUGACAUGUCUGUUUUAUGAGCUUUCACGCAACCAGGAGGUUGUUGAGAAACUUCAAGCCGAAGUCGACGAAUUCCAUCGCGAUAAUACCGACAUCAAUGCCGUUGGCCUUGCGAAGCUCGAAUACCUUCAAGCUUGUAUCAAUGAGGCACUUCGCCUGUAUCCUCCUGUUCCCUCAGGUGUACAGAGAAUGACGCCACCUCAGGGUCUACAGAUCAACGACGCGUUUAUCCCUGGUAACACAAUUGUCCAGGUUCCCACGUACACCCUGCAGAGAGAUGCACGAGUCUUUCCCCAGCCGGAUGAAUUCAUUCCAGAGAGGUGGACUUCAAAGCCAGAGCUCGCACCCAACCCGGCAGCUUUUGCGCCGUUCUCCAUGGGACGUUAUUCUUGUGUCGGUAAACAGCUCGCCUUGAUGGAAAUUCGCUACGUCACGACCUCCAUCCUCCACAAAUACAACUUGGCAUAUGAUAGCUCGGCCGACCAAGCUUCCUUUCAGAAGGGUCUAGUCGAUGGUUUCACUCUAGCCUUACCUGUUACACCAAUAGUUUUCUCCGAUAGGUAAAUAUUAUAUGAGGGUAAAGUGCAUGGAUUAAUCAAUCAACAGUGGAGACGGUAUCUUAAGCGACAUAAGAAGUGAUGCGAGUUUAGUGACAGUACAACCCUUUUUGGACCGUUGACACGGUCUGAACAUCUCUCUCCAGCGUACAGUGAGCGCUGC